UUGAAUCAGCAGCGCUGUCAAAGUUGUUUGUUGUCGUUUUGUCGUCGUUUUCGUGGUACAUAAUUUUAAAUAAUCUAUUCGUAAUAGAGCCAAAUACUCUAGAAAUUACACCAUUAAUCUGCCGGUUACCGGAGGAGGAACAAUUCACUUGUACCGCUUUGGACUCUACAUUUUUGAGGUUAUAUUGUUUGUUUUGGAAGUGGAAUUAUCUAAAUAAGAUGGUUUGUGAGAAAUGCGAAAAGAAACUAGGUCGUGUGAUCACGCCAGACCCGUGGAAAGCUGGCGCGAGGAAUACUGUGGAGUCUGGCGGCAGAAAAGUUGGUGAAAACAAGGCUUUGACAGCGAAAAAAGGGCGGUUCAACCCUUACACUGCGAAGUUCCAGGAAUGCAAGAUUUGCCGAUGUAAAGUUCACCAAGUCGGCUCACAUUACUGCCAAGCGUGUGCGUACAAGAAAGGCAUCUGUGCAAUGUGCGGCAAGAAGAUAUUGGACACAAAGAACUAUCGGCAGAGCUCUACGUAACUGGCAAUAUUAGUGUACCUACUUUAAGAUUGUAUAAAUUGUUUGGUUAGUAAGCAAUUGUGUACUUUUUAUAUAAUGUGGGUUUUACCAACACUUGAGCAAUAAUUGAGAUGUUUCUAAUUAUAAGGAUUUUAUAUACUCAAAAUAUGGGAUCUUUCCAAUACGAUUAAGCAGGAUAUCAGAUGUACGUUUGAAUAAGAAACAUAGUUACCUCUUUUGUGGUCUUAUUAUGGUACAACUGAAGUCCUGAUCAAAAUGUGUUAUUAAAAGAGCCCUAUGAUCAUAAUAUUACCAUGAAUUACGCCUACUCUGAAUCCCGCUGCCGCGCCGCCGGCGAAAUUAUGCUUUGACGAAUCGUGUGCAGGAGCGCUAAAGGCAACAGCAUCCAGGUCAUGAUUGCGAGCAGGUUAGAUUGUGUGUAUGGCCUAUGGAAUGAAGCAGGGAUGACUUAUAUGCCUAAAGCUUAAUUAUGGGAUUUGAAAUUGAAAUUAAUGACAUAAGAGUAGGCGCACACCGUUGAUUUUUAGUUGGUCGAUAGUUGUGCCCGAU